CCUCUGUUAGUGCAGGCGGUCUACUGCCUUCCUGGGUCCUGUCACAUCCUUUUUGCUCAACCAGUGGGUUCACAGGAUGGAAACUGCUCUCCUUGGUUUGAAAGGUGGCACGUGGCGUGGCUUGCUGGCAUUGUGGUUGGAAACUGAACCAGCAUCCCGUUCAGUCUCAGGCUUUCUGUAGUGAAUCUACACUGGAGGAAAGGGAGGCACGCCAUGGCCCGCAGGCCAGCGAAGAUGGAAGGACUAAGGGUAGGCGGGAUGCUCAGGCUCUUCCACAAGCGACGGCCUCCCCAGCUCCGAGCAGGACCACCCCAAGACAACGUGGGCGCUGCUGUCAAGGAACUUGAAAGGACCCCAGAAUAUAGUCUCCCCAAUUUCACUGGAGGACAGCAUUUCUUUGAGUACCUUCUUGUGGUUUCCCUCAAAAAAAAGCGUUCAGGGAAGGAUUAUGAGCCCACAAUCACCUACCAGUUUCCCAAGCGAGAGAACCUGCUUCGGGGCCAGCAGGAGGAGGAGGAGCGGCUGCUGGGAGCCAUCCCCUUGUUUUGCUUCCCAGAUGGAAAUGAGUGGGUACCACUCACUGAGUAUCCCAGGGAGACCUUCUCCUUCGUUCUGACCAAUGUGGAUGGAAGCAGGAAGAUUGGAUACUGCAGGCGCCUCUUGCCUGCCGGCAGUGACCCUCGCCUUCCCAGGGUGUACUGUAUCAUCAGCUGCAUCGGCUGCUUCGGCUUGUUCUCCAAGAUCCUGGAUGAAGUAGAGAAGCGGCACCAGAUUUCCAUGGCUGUCAUCUACCCAUUCAUGCAGGGCCUCCGAGAGGCAGCUUUCCCUGCUCCAGGAAAGACCGUCACCCUCAAGAGUUUCAUCCCUGACUCAGGCACAGAGUUCAUCUCACUCACUAGACCUCUGGACUCCCACCUAGAACAUGUGGAUUUUAGUUCCUUGUUGAAAUGUCUGCGUUUUGAGCAGAUCCUUCAGAUCUUUGCCUCUGCUGUGCUGGAGAGAAGAAUCAUCUUUCUGGCAGAAGACCUCAGUACCCUGUCUCAGUGUAUCCAUGCUGCUGCAGCACUGCUUUACCCCUUCAACUGGGCACACACCUAUAUCCCUGUUGUCCCUGAGAGCCUUCUGGCCACUGUCUGCUGCCCUACCCCCUUCAUGGUUGGAGUACAGAUGCGCUUUCUGCAGGAAGUGAUGGACAGCCCCAUGGAAGAGGUCCUGUUGGUGAAUCUUUGUGAUGGAACCUUCCUAAUGUCAGUUGGUGAUGAAAAAGACAUCCUACCACCCAAGCUUCAGGAUGACAUCUUAUCCUCUCUUGGUCAUCAGAAGGGUGAAUUUCAGCCCUCAGAACAAAUCAAUGAGCAUGUUUCAGGCCCUUUUGUGCAGUUUUUUGUCAAGACUGUGGGUCACUAUGCUUCCUAUAUCAAGAGGGAAGCCAAUGGGCAAGGACACUUCCAGGAAAGGGCCUUCUACAAGGCACUGCACUCCAAGGCCAACCGCCGAUUUGUGAAGAAAUUUGUGAAGACACAACUCUUCUCUCUUUUCAUCCAGGAAGCAGAGAAGAGCAAGAACCCUCCUGCAGGUUAUUUCCAACAGAAAAUAGUUGAAUAUGAAGAACAGAAGAAACAAAAGAAAUCAAAGGAAAAGACAGUGAAAUAAGAGUAAUAUUAAACAUAACUGACUAGACCUACAGGCGAGUUUUGGACUUUGGCCUCUGCCUGGUAGGACCAGUGAAGCUCUCAGUCUCCAGAAUCCAGUGUCUCCAACAUCCUGUAACCUGAUCUUGUUUGUAUCACACUGGCAGCUGAGUUUGUGAUCCUUGAAAUCAGCUUUCUCAGGCCUUUGGAGGGCUCUAAUAUUUUUGCACUCACAGAGCUGGGCUCAAAAGCUGCAAACUUUGCGCACGUGCGUGCGUGCGUGUGUGUAUAUGUGUGUGUGUGUGUGUUGGUGGUACAAGAGCAGGGAAAAAUAAUACAGGUUUUGUAGAGACUUAGUUGUAAGUUGCUGCAACUGUCCUCUCCCCCAGGAAUCAUUACAGAAUCCUUAACAGAGAAAGCAGGUGUUUCAGUUGUUCCACACUGAUAAAAGAGGCCUGCGGACAUGAAGA